CAAACUGGCAAGUUGGUCUCGCACUAGAAUUGUUCCCUCAGUCAUAAUACAAAGGGUGUGUUGUAUCUAUGAUGGAUUGAUCAGGCUGCAUUAUUUUUUUAAUGGAAAAAAUCUACAAAAUCAACUCAUAACUGUAUAUUUAAAGUUUUCAAGAAUUUAACAGUUGUUUGGAAUUAUUUGAAAUGGUCAAGAAAUAUCUGACAGUAAAACAACUGAGAUAGCCAUUCAGCAUACCCAGAAGGCAUCUGAUAAGAGGGACCCUACUGAGCCCUGUUCUACUGCCCCCCUGAUAGUACUCAGCAUCCACUUGAAUAAAUAACAAUACUGAUAUGGUGAAUGAACACUUUGAUGACAGUCAGCUUCAGAUACUAUGAAUUAAGCUACCAGUAGACUUAUUAAGGGUCCCAGUGAGGCUGAACAUACUUGGCAUCAAAGGACAAUCCUCAGAUAGUGGAGGAAGUUUAAAAACUAAGAGCAUCAAAACAAGAUCAACUACUACUGGUAGUAGCAUCUGAUGGCAGGGUACUGACUUGCCCCUAAUUAAGGGCCCAAUUAGUGAGUUUGAUGGAUGGCCUGAUGAUGUGGAUCCCAGAUAGAGGGUUCUAAAGAUCAAAGGGAUAGAUUUCACAUCCUCCUCCACAGCUGUCAAUCAUGCUAGUUUUGACCCUGAUCUGAGGGUCAUGAACUGCUCCUGGGACAUGAUUGAUAAGACAGUCCCUGACAUGAAUGUGGUGUCCGGUCUGCAUUGUGAAUGUUUGCCUGAGUCAAUAUUGUCAGGCAACAGAUGCGAAAACAGGAAAGCAUGCUUUCAUACAUUGCUGGUGUGCUUUUUGGUGGAGAUGUGUUUCAGAUGACCAUAUAUAUAUAUGAUUGGAUAUAGGUUAACAAAAAACUGUUUGAAGAACUUCUAUAUUACCAAAAUUGCUUUUAAGUUUUCAGACACUUCCAUUUUUUUUAUUUCUAGAUAAAAAAAUUAAUUACAAAUACAUGUGUUGGAAAUUUAGAGACAACAAAUACAGGUGUACAACAUUCUUAGAAACUCUAAAAAUAUUGCAUUGACGAUCAAAUAAGGUCAUGCAAUAUGUACAGCGUCAUUUGUUUUAAUAAAUAAUAUCAUGUGCUUGUAAAAUACCAGGCUGUAUUGUAUAAAGUUACUUGUAUGUAUGUUUCACUUUAAGAUGUUGGGUGAAACCAUUUUCUAUUACUGGUAUGAGUUAUUAUUUACCUAAAAACACAAAUGUUAUGGUUUCUUGCCUUAAGGCAUUUGUCUUAUCAAAUGAUCACAUAAAUAUACAGUAUAAGAUAAGGUUGGUUUAACAAAUAAGUACUGAAGAGGUUGCAUAUAUUUUUUAUAAAACUUGCGUGUCAAAUUGAUACAAGUGUACAUUUGCACUACCAAGUUCAUGGUUGAACAAUGUGAAACCUGGUGUAGUCGUAUUUUUUCGCCUUAAAAUCCAGGAAGUGAAAAGAAUCAAUAAUGACCUGCCUUGUGGAUGUAAAGAUGUUACUGACAUGCAUGUUGGUGGUUUAUGGAGUAACAUUGUUGAAGGUAAUAAAAUGGACGGACAAUAUCUGGAACAAUGUGUCAGAGUUCAAAUGGAUUGAAGAGCAACAAUUCAGAGAUGCCAUGAACGAUAUUCACUCAAGUCACAGGCUUAUUAGGGAAGUCUUGAAAAGAAAGAAUGCAACUGCAAAUCAAUCCAUUCAACAUGAUAUUGUAAAUAUGAUAUCCAAGGCAUCUUUGUUUAGAGAAGAGGUGCAUAACAACAGUAUAUUAGUAUCUGAGAAAAUGUUGCAAUCCAUUAAGAAAAUGCAUGGGAACAAAAGUCGUUUACCCCAAUCAAAUUAUACGGAUUGUGCAAGACAUUUUCAGCUAAUGAGUAAUGAAAUUUACAUAUAUUCUGCCUACUUAGAGCUUAGGGACAGUUCUAAUGACAGUAUAUCAGUGCUGAGAAUUUUAACAGUUUCCAAGUUAGACUCAGAUGAUUCAAUUGUAUGGUCCAUUAAUGAAGACCCACACAGUUGGGCAGUGGCUACAAAGAAUGAAAUGUGUGACAACCAUGCGAAAGCCUAUGGAGGAGUAACGUACACAAUGAAUUUAACAUCUUCCGACCUAAACAGACUUUUAGCAUACAGAAAAGUUCACUUACAAACAUUAAAGAACCUUAUAGACAAAUCGUCAUCAAUUUUGAGUGUACCUGUUUGUGUGAACAUUAUUCAUGGCAAUUUGUAUAAGACUCAGAGACUUGCAUUCAGAAAUAACUCCCAUUCAACUCUUGGCCAAAAAAAUACAGCAACAAUUUUUAAUUUAUUUUCUAAGGGAAACAAUCCAGCUGUUUCAAAACUUUCCAAACAACAGCAGUUGCUGCCCCUUAAUAGGGAAAUAAUGUUUGCAGUUUGCGUGCCACCAAUUUUUGGAGAUAUAAAGACAUCUAGUGUUAUUCAGUUUGUUGAAAUGCAGAAGGUAUUAGAAGUGGACCAUAUUUAUAUCUAUAGCAUGAAUUCAACCACUAAGGAAGUGUCUCACAUUUUAAAAUUUUAUGAAAUGGAAAAAACUUUGACAGUAUCUACCUGGGACAUUCCAGAAAAUGUUGACAAGGCCAUUUGGUAUCAUGGGCAAAUUCUUGCAGUGCAAGACUGUUUGCACAGAACAAAGAACAAGUUUCAUUAUGUGGCAUUCCUUGACAUUGAUGAACUGAUUGUACCAAAAUUCCACAAAGAUUUCCCUCAAAUGAUCGAAGAAAUCGAACAAGACUUUGAAAAUGCAUUACAAUCUACACGCACAAAAAUCGCAGCUUUCAAGUUCAUCAGCGCAUUCUUCAAUCCAGAUUAUGACAUCAGUUCUGCAAACUUAACCUCAGGACAUAUCACAAAAGGUCAAGGCCAAAUACAAAUGACCUAUUUCAAGAGUUUAUAUCGAGAACCGAGUUUCAGCCUGGCAAGGACUAAAUUAAUUGUGAAACCAGACUUGAUCGAGGAAAUGGGUAUUCACCACGUGUCAAAUCUCUCAACAAAAGAAUCAUUGUACAUAUAUGAUGUUCCUAUAGAGACAGCCUUCAUUCACCACUACAGAAAAUGUUCCAAAAUGUUUGACACUGACGCACCAUGUAACCAUACAAAUUUAUUACAUGACAACUCUAUACUAAAAUAUGAAUCAAUUGUGCGAAACGUCUUUGAUAAAGUUGUUCAAAAGAAUUUACAAACGAUUAAAUGAAUAUUUGUUAAU